GUAAGCCAAGGAGUGGAUGCUCAAGCUUGAGAGAUUCUCGUCUCCUUGUGAAGUUUGUCAUUGCUGCUCCUCUUUGGCUGAGAAGGUCCAGCCGUCUCGGGGGAUGGGACUGGAAAGAGUGGCAAGGCGUGCGAAGGCUUGUUUUCCCCCUUGUGUUUUUCUCCAAAACGCCUACAACACAAUCCACAUCAUCAACGCCUCUCUUCAGUAG